AUGGUUCAGUGCAUAUUUGAGGAGUCUGGCGAACAUAUUAUUGCGGGCGCUGGUGAACUUCACUUAGAAAUUUGCUUAAAGGAUUUAGAAGAAGACCACGCUUGCAUCCCCAUCAAGAAAUCUGACCCAGUGGUUUCGUACCGUGAAACCGUCACCGAAGAGUCAGAGCAGUUGUGCCUUUCAAAGUCGCCCAACAAACACAACCGACUAUUUGCGAAGGCUGUGCCAAUGCCAGAUGGUCUGGCGGACGAUAUCGACAAGGGUGAAAUUAAUGCUCGUGAUGAAAUGAAGGCACGUGCCAAAAUUUUGGCGGAAAAAUAUGACUAUGAUGUAACGGAGGCGAGGAAAAUAUGGUGUUUUGGUCCAGACGGAACGGGAGCUAAUAUUUUAGUAGAUGUUACAAAAGGAGUGCAAUAUUUGAACGAAAUCAAGGAUUCGGUUGUUGCUGGCUUCCAGUGGGCCACGAAAGAGGGUGUUCUAUGCGAUGAAAAUAUGCGCGGUGUUCGUUUUAACAUCCAUGAUGUGACGUUACACGCCGACGCAAUUCACCGUGGUGGUGGCCAGAUCAUUCCGACCACUCGUCGUGUCCUCUACGCUUGCGUCUUGACUGCUCAACCACGUCUGCAGGAACCUGUUUAUCUCGUUGAGAUCCAGUGCCCUGAAAACGCUGUAGGAGGUAUCUAUGGUGUAUUGAAUCGACGUAGAGGCCACGUAAUCGAGGAGUCGCAAGUGGCUGGUACGCCGAUGUUUGUUGUUAAGGCUUAUUUGCCGGUCAAUGAAUCUUUCGGCUUUACGGCGGAUCUUCGCUCAAACACGGGUGGUCAAGCGUUCCCGCAGUGCGUCUUUGAUCACUGGCAAGUGCUGCAGGGAAAUCCGUUGGAGCCGAAUACGAAGCCAGCUCAAAUUGUUACUGAAAUUCGUAAGCGUAAGGGCCUGAAGGAGCAGAUCCCUGGAUUGGAUAAUUUCUUGGAUAAAAUGUAG